UUACCCCUCUAUUUCUUUCUUUAGUUCCUUUCCUAUUUUUUACUUUUCAACAGGUUUCUUUCUAAGAAACUCACCGUUCUCGAUUUAAUCUUAUUCAACAUUUAAAUCCUAUUUCGCCAACCAUGCCUUCCCUCGAAGACGGUUCUAAGAAUGACUCAAGACUGCUACUCAUCUCAAAUCGGUUGCCGAUUACGAUAAAACGCUCCGAGGACGGCAAGUAUGACUUUUCCAUGUCUUCUGGUGGCUUGGUUAGCGGACUCAGUGGCCUUUCAAAAUCCACUACGUUCCAAUGGUAUGGCUGGCCUGGCCUAGAGGUCCCCGAAGAAGAGAUACCGGUGGUGAAGCAACGGUUGAAGGAUGAGUACAAUGCGGUUCCCGUAUUUAUCGAUGAUGAGCUCGCGGACCGGCACUACAACGGAUUCUCCAAUUCUAUUCUGUGGCCCCUUUUCCAUUAUCAUCCUGGUGAAAUCACCUUCGAUGAAUCUGCUUGGGACGCUUAUAAGGAUGCGAAUCGACUAUUUGCGCGGGCCGUCGCGAAAGAAGUCCAGGAUGGCGACCUAAUUUGGGUGCAUGACUACCAUUUGAUGCUUCUCCCUGAGAUGCUUCGAGAAGAAAUCGGAGACCAGAAGCAGAAUGUUAAGAUUGGGUUCUUCCUCCACACCCCCUUCCCUAGCAGUGAGAUUUACAGAAUUCUUCCCGUCCGAAACGAGCUGUUGCUUGGGGUCCUCCAUUGCGACCUCAUAGGCUUCCACACCUACGACUAUACAAGACAUUUCCUGAGCGCUUGCUCGCGCUUAUUGGGUUUGGCGACGACUCCUAACGGCAUAGAGUUCCAGGGCAAAAUCAUUGCCUGCGGGGCUUUCCCGAUCGGGAUUGACCCUGAGAAAUUUCAGGAGGGCCUUAAGAAAGAGAAAGUUCAGAAGCGGAUUGCACAACUUGAACAGAAGUUUCAAGGAGUGAAGCUUAUGGUGGGUGUUGACCGUCUUGACUAUAUCAAGGGCGUUCCGCAAAAGCUGCAUGCGCUGGAAGUGUUCCUUAGCGACCACCCUGAAUGGGUUGGUAAAGUUGUCUUGGUCCAAGUUGCUGUCCCCAGUAGACAGGAUGUCGAGGAGUAUCAGAAUUUGAGGGCUGUUGUGAACGAGCUGGUUGGUCGCAUCAACGGGAAGUUUGGUACUGUGGAAUUCAUGCCAAUCCACUUCCUACACAAGUCGGUCAAUUUCGAUGAACUGAUUGCCCUAUAUGCUGUGUCGGACGCGUGCAUUGUUUCGUCAACUCGGGAUGGCAUGAAUCUGGUCGCGUACGAAUAUAUUGCAGCUCAGCAAAAGCGGCACGGCGUUUUGGUCCUCUCAGAAUUUGCUGGUGCAGCCCAGAGUCUCAAUGGCAGUAUUAUUAUUAACCCUUGGAACACCGAAGAACUAGCUAGUGCUUACCAGGAGGCUGUCACCAUGAGCGACGAGCAAAGGGCUCUGAAUUUCUCCAAGCUGGACAAAUAUGUCAAUAAAUAUACGAGUGCCUUCUGGGGCCAGUCAUUCGUAACGGAAUUGACGAGGAUAUCUACCCAAUCUGCGGAGAAAUUCCAGUCUAAAAGGGCUUCCCUGGCCGGCACGUACCACGAACAAGUGAACGGUGUAGAGUCUGAGGGAUCGUCUUGAUUACGCACCAAAAAGACACCUAGCUUCUAUACUGUCGCAUUUGGCGUAUCAGAAGAGGAAACACAAAAUUGUGUGACGAAUUGCUCAGAGCUUUUUAUUGACGGCCUGUGAGCACUGGAUGACGUGAAUGAAUUUUUUUUUUUUUUUGAGUUUGUUUUGCAUUGGUUAAGAUUCUCGGUCACUCAUAUGAAAUCUCAUAAGAGGGUAAUAUUGUACUUAGAUUCCUGGGUCCGGGUCAUGGAUGGGUAUAAAAGGUUGAGGUGUUGCUGGUGUACUGUACAUUAAGCGUUCUCUCUAAGCUCUCAACUCAGCGUGUAUUACCAUCAUUUAUUUGUAUUUGAUAGACCAGAAUAAUAU